AUGGACGUUUACGAAGAAUUCGUUCUCUUCCUCCAACAGUUCUUCUUCGGCCUUUGCCAAUUGCUUUACUCCAUAUUACCGAUAUUCCCAUUCGCUUUCCUCGCCGCCGCUUUCCUUGCCCCACAAGAGACGAAACAAUUCGUCCAACGCCUUCCUUACAACCUUCUCGCAGUCUCCCUCUUUCUCCUGGGCCGUCUCUUUGCUGGUUGCCGCAAUCGUGCCGGGCGAGUGUUGCUCAUCGAUGGAUGGGUGAUACAACAGAUCAGAGACCUUCUCGCUUGGAUGAGAACCACAAAGAUCUCUCCAACAAACGACACCCCAGUUACUGCUAAGGUCAUUUCCGAACCCAACGAGCCGUUGCCUUCUUCUUUCUUAGUCACCCCCGAAACAUCAACGGCUCUCCCUGGCUUCUCUCUACAAACACCAUCAGUCCCUGUGAUUGAUUCGACAUUGGGAUCCCUCCCAGAAACCUUGCUUGACUCGACAACCCCAUCCGAAGAACCUCCCUGCCACAUUGAGCCUGAGUCCGAUAUCAAUGACAUCAAGAUUGAACUCCCCGUUGCUCCAGCUCGUCCUCGACCACUCAAAGUCACACGCCCGGGACGAUCUCAACUUUGGACACCCACAUCUCGGCCUAGGGGCCGUCGCUCAAGCCGCUCAAGUCGCCCGUCUCCCCGAGAUGACUUCCCCCCGGUCUUGUUGCUCGAUGAGGAGGACGAGGAUAACAAUGAUCUUGAAAAGGGCAAGGCCUCUGAGCCCAACAAUGCCCGGAGCACGGCUGCUGAAAUGGCAACACCCAAAGAGGAGUUUGUCAUUCCACAGCCCUCUGAAAACAAGACUGCCGCGUCAACGACGCCCGAUAACAGCUCCUCCCUGCCCCUCGACAACACCUCUCGUCCAAGCCCUUCACACCGCCCAACCCGGUUGACUCUCAGAGACAGAAAGAGUCAGCCCUUUGAAGGGAUCAGCGUGAGUCAGCUGAUCACCGACAAGAGACUGGCCGAGUGUCAAGAUACACUCGCCCUGCAUACUCAAGCAAUCUUGGAGCAGUCCCAAGCCAUGGCGGACUUGGGACAAUAUAUAAAAAAAGAGAGCAACAGCAGCGAUGAUCGCCUUGAGGCCAGACUUCUUGUGAUCGAGGAGGCAUUGAAGACACUCCUUGAUCUGCAGACUGCCGCUGCCGCCGUUAAGAUCCCGCCUCGGCCUUCCUCUGUUUCCAGAGAAACCCAGACCGUGGUAGCAAAAGAUCAGGAGUCUGAGAAGGCUCAACUCCUGAUCCGCCGACAGGCCAGCAGCAUCGAGGAUUUCAAGGCUUCUCUCGAUAAGCGCAGUCAAGAAUGCGCUGCCUUGGAACAGAACCUUGCCAAGGCCAACGACUCCAAGAAGAUGCUUGCUGACGGCUUGAGGAAGGCCGCCGACAGAGAGCAGGCACGAAUCAAACAGGUUGAUGAGCUUCAGAGCGCUCUGGCCUCAAGCAAGUCCGCCCAGAAGCCCAAUCGAAAGUUGCAAGCUGAGAUUGAUCAGCUCAAGAGCAAGCUGGCCUCAGAUAAGGCUCUCCACAAACCCAAUCUGGAGUUGCGAGCUGAGAUCGAUCGGCUGAAAGAAGCCCUGGCACAAUCCCAGAGCGCCCAAAGCUCCCAGGUUGAGUCCAGCGAAGGGCUCGAGAAAUUGCGAGGUGAGAGAGAUGCCGCCGUCAAAGCGGUUGAUGCAUCAAAGAAGGUGUCCAAAGAGCUGGAGAUUCGUAUCAACGAGCUCCAAGAGGCAGAAAAAGUCUGCCAGAAAGACCUCCGCUCUCUUCGCCUUGAGAAAGAAAAUGCCGGCAAAGAGACUGACGCCCUGAAGCAACAAGUCGAGCAGGCAAAGCAACAGCUCGAGUCCUCUAAAACUGACAGCUUUGACAAGGACCAGACGAUCGAAUCCUUGAGUCAACAACUGGCAGAGAGCCGCCAUCGCACAUACCCCUUGGAACAGGAGGUGGAAUCAAAAGCCGCUCAGAUCGCCUCUCUGGAAGCUCGAUCUGGACAGCUACAAACAGAACUCGAAGGCGCCAGGGCAGCACACAAUCAGGUGCUCCAGGAGGGCAGGCAAGUUCAAGCCGAGCUUGAGCGCACGUCAAGCGAACUCCGAUCUCGUGCUCAGGAACUGGAAGCUGGAACUGACAGGAUCCGUCAGCUCGAAACCUGGAUUGCCGCGUUGCAGGCCCAGGGACGAACGCUGUUAACGGAGUCAGAACGGCAAACCCUGAUGUGCAAACAGAUGGAGGAAGAGCACCAGAAUGCUCUCGCAGUCCUUUGCAAGGAGAAUGACGAGCGAUUUGAGGAACUCAAGAAAGAGCACGCGGAAAAAGUCCAAGAAAUGAAAGAAAAUCAUACGCGUGACGUCGAUGCUGCCCGCAAAUUCGCUAACGAAACCGUGUUCCAACAAUACACGGUCGUCAUCGAUGCCCAAAAAGAAGAGAUCUCGAAUAUGAAAUCCCUUUGGAAUUCUGCUCUGAAGACUGCCGUUCAAGAAGCCGUGCGCAGAAAGGACCUUGAGAUCAAGCAGCUGCAAGAGCAGCUCAAGACCAACGCGCCCGCCACUGGCCCACUGGGGCCUGUCACACCUCAGAAGCCAAUUGUCGCUAUGACACCCUCCUCCUCCAAUUCUCACAAGGGCAUGUUCUCUCCUCGGCAACAACCGCCACAGAUCAAGGAGCUGUUGAUGCAAAAGCAGUGCGAUCAGAUCCACAUCGCCACUUUAAAGAAAGAGAAGGCGGCCCUCGAGGCACAAUUUCGAGAAGCGGAGAAGGAGAUCGCCUAUCUGAUUGAGGAGAACGAUAGUCUUCUUAAACAGGACAACGCCCAGGCCGAGAUCUCACGGCUGCAGGAAGAGAAUGAUGGCCUCAAAACCAAGACCGCUGAGCUCGAAGACAAGCUCAGUGAUUUGAUGAUUGACAUCGACGUCAUUGACGCCGAGAAGGAUGAACUGUCCGAAGAGCACGUCAAAGAGCUCGAUCUGAAAAAGACACAACUGGAUCAAUACGGACAGAAAUUCACCGAGGCGACUCUCAAGGCAAAGGCACUGCAGGAUGAAAACCAGGCCCUGGAAAACGCGUACAACAUGGAAAAGUUGCACGCCGAGCGAAAAGAACAAAUGCAGGCCGACCUCCAACAGUACCAACAGGAGCGAUUGGCAUUCUACAGCGACCAGGCCAAUCUCAACGUCAUGCGCAAGACCAAGCGUGUCGCAAGCGAGACUUCAGAGGCGAUCCAGAACCAAGACACGCUGAGGAAGCGUGCAGCGAUCAAAGACAACGAUUUCAUUGCGUUGUGCGAUGUCACCGAAUCCGAACUCACCAGCUACGCCAUGACGGCCUGGUCCUGGACUGAGGCACAUCAUGUGUCUCAGCUAUAUUUCUCGCUCCAGGACAAUGACGAACGCAACCUCGAGCGAUUCGAACAAUUUAUCGCUGGUCUCGGUGCGUCGGAUCUAAUCAAACCUCGUACUCAGACCCCAGCAGAAGUCGAGGCUGCAUUCCAAUCUCUGAUCAGUACGCCAAAAUCUCUCGUCGAUGCUCCUCGCGCCGAGCUUGCAGCUCCACAGUCAUCUGCAACCUUUGACAUUCAGGGCUCCGUCACCAGCCCUGCGUUUUUGGGAGGCCCCAAUCCCAACAAUCAACAUCAAUCUCCGACACCUCGGAAAAUCCUUCGACCACGUACAAGAGGUUGA